AUGGUAUUUGCUUCCAUUUGGCACCCUCUGAUACCUUUGAAAGUUUCAUUUUUCAUGUUGAGACUACUUCUGAGGAGAAUACCGACACCGGAUAAGCUUCGUAAAUUUGGUUUCCAUUUGCCGUCAAAGUGCUUUUGCUGUACUGAGCCUUCCGAGGAGUCUAUUGAGCAUUUAUUCUCCAAUGGACACAUUGCGUCAUUCCUUUGGAAUUAUUUUGGAGGGUUAUGUGGAAUAAAAUUCUCAGGAUCUUUUCUACGAGCACGCAUAGUAGAUUGGUGGUUGAAUUCACAGGAUUCCGAGUUACGAAGGAUUAUUUGCCGUAUUCUUCCUAGUGUAAUUUGCUGGCAGAUUUGGAAGGCAAGGAACAAAGCAAUGUUUGAGGGUGUCCAGAUGCAAUCAUCGGCCAUUCGCCAAGCCAUCUUCUCAGAAAUCCAAUCCAUGGUAGGAAUACAUUUUAAACAAUUGAUAAGACUACAAUCCUUUUGUCAAUUGUAUGAUUGGUCAAAGGCACCUGGGGGUACGGUUGUAUAUCAAGGUAUCCGCUGGGAAACCAAAGAGACAGGGAGGUAUACUCUUAACACGGAUGGAUGUGCUAAGGGUAAUCCAGGAAUAGGGGGAGGUGGGGGCAUACUCCGGGAUUCCACUGGAUUACCAAUGAUUGGUUUUUCGGCAUAUCUGGGAGAAACUACAUGUCUCCGUGCAGAGGCUUGUGCCCUUCUUAUUGGUCUUCAGAUCUGUAUACAUAACGGUUUUGGAAACAUAUGUGUACAAUCAGAUUCAUUGGUUUUAAUUGGGAUCAUUCAACGUCGUACUCAGUGUCCGUGGACAAUUCGAAGAUACGUCAACCAGAUUUGGCAGUUAUUAGAUGAUCCACCUAGAUUCACGCACUGCUAUCGGGAGGCUAACACAGUUGCUGAUGCUUUAUCUAAUGUGGGUAUAUCUCAUCCAGAUAAACAAAUUGAGGUUUACGAUACUUUCAGUAAAUUCCCAAGGUUGGCUCGUGGGGCAAUCCGUUUGGACAGAAUAGGGAUACCUUCAAUCAGAAAAAUGAGGAUUAUGUAA